CCCCCUCCCCUCCCCCCCGGACCCUGCCAAGGUGCGGAGGGGCUUAGAAGAAAUACUUCCAGUCCAAGGGGGAUCCAGGGGGGGGCGAGUGUAAUGUCCGGGACCGGGAUUUACCGGGUGUCCUUCCGCAACAUGUGGGACAAGGACAAUGUAUUGAAGAAAAAGGAUCAUAAAAUUUCUUUAAAAGCCCCAGAAGGUGCUGAUCCAGUGUAUGUGGACCUGAGAUUAUCUGAGGAAGAGGAUGGGAGCCCAGUGAAUAUGGAGGCCGAGACUUACAGCGAGAGGAAGGAAGAGCCUCAUAGAGUUCCCCAGACAGCUGCCCCCCCGGGGCAAAGGGGAGUGAGUUCAACCCAACUGGAUCCUUCUCAGGAGAUAUUCCCUGAGGUCACUGCGUUUAUAGGCCCCGCCUUCCGCGCAUUGUUGGAAAGUGCAAUGGAAAAGAAAUUAUUUGCAUCUGUUAAAGUGAGAAACGGAUCCGACGGGAAACUGGAGGUGACCGGCUCCUUCUCCGCAAUUAAACAGGUGCACGACUAUCUGAGGGGGCAAAUAAUGGGCCCCAGUGACCCCAGCUUCCUGCCCUCUGAUGGGGGUAACGGGCCCCCAGCGCAAGGGGAAGAUACAGUCUCCGUUCCGCCAGGUUUAUACCAGUACUUUAUGGAAAUCUACCCGGAUACGGUUGAAAAGAUAAGGAACCGAUUUAAGGUGGAAAUGAGGGAUUCCAGCAGCUCCUCGGGGAACGAAAUACGUUUUAUUCCAAUGGGGUCCGAUUCCAGCGCCGAGAAAGCCGGUCGGUGUUUCACCGACGCCAUUCAGAAGAUAAUCGCAGACUGGAGUCAGAUAAUAGUGAAAUUAAGUGAAACGAAGGUGCCGGCGAGUGAGGUCGGGCGCAGAGUGCGGGAACAUUGCGGCAAAACGCAGACCAUAAUGGAGGGGGACACGGUGACGCUGAGGGGCCCCGAGCGGGAAUUAGCCCAGGCCAAGAGGCUGUUAGAGGAGGGUCCGACUGAGCCCCCCGCGCCCCACAGGGUCAUUCCCAUCUCCAUCGGCAACAUGAGCCGAGACCUGAGCGUCAGCGGGAGCCAAUGGGAGAUCCUGAAGGAGCUGAAAGCCAAUCAGAUUCGGGAAAUAGAAGAUAAAUACGAUGUAACCAUAACGGCGAGUGGAAAUAACGGGGAUAAAGGGAAAGUACAGAUCCGUUUCUGCCCCAGGAAUGGGCCCCCCGACCUCGCGCCCCACGCCUGCCAGAUCUUCCUCUGUCUCUGGCACAAAACUCUCUCCAACAUCAUCACGAGAGAAAUCAAAGUGAAACCAGAAUUUCCGGAAACCCAAUUGUCUUCAGUCCAGGAGCGGCUCAUACAGAACCAGAUAGAGAUCAUCAGUACCUGGCACAACGGAUCCCUGGAUCUGAUUGGGUCCCCGGGUAACAUACACGCGGCCGAGAAGUUGUUGGGUCAGUGGCUAAAUGGCGGUGCCUCCGGCGCAGAGGGGGAGGAGCCAAUGGACACGGGCGAGGGCCCAUCCACCGAAGUAAGAAAGAAACCUGAGGAAGAGGAGGAUAAGUGCCCCAUCUGUAUGUGUGAGCCGAAACCCAAACUGGUGCUGGAGAAAUGCAAACACGUCAUCUGUGCCGGGUGUUGGGAAGAAACCAAGAAGCACAAACCAGUCUGCCCAGUGUGUAACGUCCCAUACGGACUGGUCACAGGGAACCAACCUGACGGCACAAUGACCCACUCAACAUCCAACAUGCCAUUGUCCGGCUAUCGCUGCGGCACCAUAACCAUUAACUAUUCUUUCCCAAAUGGGGUACAGGGGGAAGCCCACCCCAACCCCAGGCAGCCAUAUUAUGGCACCCACCGUACCGCCUACCUACCUGAUAAUGAGGAGGGGAGGGAGAUCCUGCGGCUGCUGCAGAAAGCCUUUCAGCGGAAACUGGUGUUCACCAUUGGGGAGUCGCGCACCACCGGCGCCAAGAACACUGUCACCUGGAACGACAUUCACCAUAAAACCAACACGUUUGGCGGGCCAGAAAGGUUUGGGUAUCCGGAUCCUGAUUAUCUGAAACGGGUCCGGGACGAGCUGAAGGCCAAAGGCGUUGAGUGAUCCGCUGGGGGGCCCUGCUCAGGAGAUCCUGGGGCCACAUUUAUGGGGGUUGAGGGAUCCGUCGGGGGGCCCUGCUCAGGAGAUCCUGGGGCUACAUUUAUGGGGGUUGAGGGAUCCAUCGGGGGCCCUGCUCAGGAGAUCCUGGGGCUACAUUUAUGGGGGUUGAGUGAUCCGCUGGGGGGCCCUGCUCAGGAGAUCCUGGGGCCACAUUUAUGGGAAAUUCAAUGAAUCAGUGAUUAAUGGGUGGGGAAUUUAGGGUAAAUUGUGGGUGCAAAUCUUGGUUAUAGAUAGAAUUAGGGAAAUAUUUUCUCCAAAUCAGAGCUGGGCCCGGGGGUCUCCCCUCACCUACUGCCGUCUCUUUACUUUCUAUAGCACCCCCCCUGCUUGUUACCCCAACUUACCCCAUCAUCUGCGGGGGGCUGCUCCUACUUGCACCAGUAGGAAGCCGGGAUGGGGGGGGGGUGUUUGUUGUUUUAUCUGUUGGAAUGCCAAUACCCCUAUUGCCCCCCUAUUUACAACAAAGAGCACAGGGGCCGGCAGCCAUUCUUCACAUACCCCACUCAAAGUGCAAAUAAAUAGCCAAUCACAGCCGUUUAUUCGCACUCUGUGUGGGGGCACUGUAAGUGACCCCUAAAGAUUCUCCCUAAAAUGAAUUAAAGCUGAGGCUGCUCAGUGAUUGGCUGUCAGUAUGUUGGUGACCAAUAGCAAUCCAUAUCACAAAUGGGUGGAUCAGUAGGGCGGAGCUAUUGUUGGAAGGAUGGAGCACUGUGAUAGGCCCGUUGUUGAGCAGAGUUGCCCCUAGCGGUGCCGGUGGCACAGGGGGUGCUGUGUAUCAGCUGUUUGAGUAAUUAUCUACGUGGUUGCUAUGGGUUACUAGUGCAAAGGUGUGUGCCUUUAAUUAUAUUUGCCCCUAAUUACCCUUGGCUCAGUCUCUAAUUAACCAGUUUCUGAUUUAAUAAUAAUAAUGAUUUUAAGGGACAUUUGUAAAUGCAGUGAAAGUGACCCCCCCCCCCCCCCGUUCCUUUUGGUUCAGCCCAACCCUGGGGGGGGGGUGAGUGGUGCAAAGUACUUACUGGGUGCGACACGCCCGCACUCCCAUGAUCCUCACUGCUAAUCUGGGGGUGUAACUUACACAGGGUGCAGGGUUCCCAGAACUGACACAGGUUAUACAAAGGGUCUCCUAGCAACCGUGGUACCUUAGGGGCCAAACAGAGGAAUCCAGGAGCAUCACCAAUAGAAUGUCUGUGUGGGCACCAAUAGGAUUCUACUCAUGUUCUGCUCCGGGCCCCUCACUGCCAUAGCAACGGGAAGAGAUCUAUUGGCUACGGCUUCAUAGUUACACGGCAGAACCCUAUUGGUUUGCACAUUCGAGGGGCCCCUGGGGGCCAGUUAUUUGUUACCUGUGUCUGUGGUUAAACUGAUCCCAAUAAAUCUGCUUGUUCCAUGGAA